ACCUGUACACAUAAACGUAUGUGUAGUUUUAUUUGUUACGUGAAAAUGUCUUUGAAUCAGAAGUUGCAGUAGUCUAUUAACAUCGGAAACCAGAAUGGAUUGUAUUAGAAAUAGCUUUUGGAUACUUUUCAGCAUAAUCAUUUUAAUCGACGCAGCUCCCCCAACGUUGGAAGAACUAACAGAGCUAAAGUGUAACUCAGAAAAACCUUUCAAGUGCCUGCCGUACGGCGUCUGCUACAACGCAGACGAGUUCUGCCAUGCUGGAACUGUCGAGUCGUGUUUCCCUACGAACGUCACCACUGACCAGCUGGAGAACUGGUGCAAGACCACUGGUCAGUUCAGACCCGAGUUCAUGAGAGACCCCAAGCUCUGCGCUCUCGCUUGCCAGGCACGGUUCCCCUCACUCAAUCUCUCCAACGCUGUGGAUCAUCUGGUCAAGAUUAAAUGUCCACAUGACAGACCGUUUAAAUGUCUGCCAGACGGCAUCUGUCAUGGUUUUGAUGAGUACUGUCAUGCCGGACAAAACAAAUCGUGUUUGGACGUGACGAUGUCGGUGGAUGAACUGAAGCAGUGGUGUCAGGUCAAGGGACAGAGUGACGUCACGGCAAUGCCAGACCCAGCCUGCAAGUUUGCUUGUCAGGCGAAAUUUCCAUCGCUGCAUCAUGAAGGUGGUGGAAAUGCAGUUUGGCUUUAUUUAAGCAUAGGGUUAGUUGUUUUAAUCACAGCAGCCAUGGGCUACUUAGUGUGGAUGAGUCGAGAAAAGAUACAUAGCAGAUUUUGUAAGAAGAAAACAGCUGGAAAUGCAUUACCAGGAGGACCAGAAGGCGAAAAUAAUGCAAAUAAUGCUAAUUUGGAACAAGGUGAGAGAGAAGGCAUGAUACAAAAAACUGAAGGGGAUAUCGCGAAAGGUCAGAAUCGGGCAUUGAAUAGUGCAGCAAGAAAAACUGAAGAGGUAGUAAUUGAUCUUGAGCCUAUUGUUGAAGCGAAUCCACUUUUAAUUCGAGAAAAGCCCGAUGAAGAAGCAGAUGCAAAUGCAAAACAUGAUCAGGAAGUCUAAUUAUAAUAUGUCAUAGUAUAUCCAAAUAUGCCUACAAGAAAAUAUAUUUUUGAGGGGAUUUUUUUAAAAAAUCAAGCGAAUAAUAAUGCAUGUAGGUCUAAAUAAUAUGUUUUGUAUGUUACAAAGUUUAUUUUAAUUUAGGCUGUCGCUUGACCUACUUUUAAAAAAAAUGUUGUUAUGGUAAUGAUUUCCAUUUAUUCAAGUUUUUAUUUUUAACUUUCUGUCUGUCUUUCUGUCUGUCGACAAAGAUCGAAACUGCCAAGCGAAAUUUUGAGCACUUAUAACUGACCGAUUUGGCGCGUGACAAUGCAAUCGGACAUCUAAUUUGAAUUAAUUGGAUGCCUAAUUAAUUUUUUUAUGAAUUAAUUAAAAUUUUCUAAAUAAAGUAGGGGGACUUACUAUUAUACUAUUAUACUUGCCUGAGGCUUGACCUACUUUUUUUUUACCGUCGUCAUGGUAAUGAUGGCUGCCGAAAACCGAGAUUCCGUUUUUCUUAAACAACGUUUAAUGGUUAUUUCAGAAAUAUAUCUUUUAAAUCGUUAUUUUUGCGUAUUAUUCAACGAUGCCAGUCUAGUUUUAACGAUGGUUGAUUAGUGUUUGAUGCAAACUUGCCACUUGUACAUUUGUUUUUGUUUAAUCGCUUGGAAUAUCGAGCAGAACGUAAUAAAAAUAUGCUAACGUGAAUUGCUUUAUCUAAUAUUGUUCUAAACGUACUAAAAAUAUAUUCUAAACUAUAGAAAAUUAUAACUUGCUUUCUACAAAACUAAUUUCAUUAAUGUUUUAACAAUCAUCCAGGGUAAAAACAAAACCUGUAAAAAAUAACUUGAUCGGGACAAGAGCCAAUUAAGCCCGCCCAUUUUGCCGGCUGUGUAUUUAAAUGAGAAGAAAUCGAACAGAUGACAUAUUUCUACUGAACGGUC